CGGAAGGGUGCGGAUGGAAACACAGCCUGAGAGUAGAAGCCGGUAAGAGGAGUGAAAGCGGUUGUGGAGGAAGAAGCUCAGAUAAAAGUCACCAUGUCCAGCUUAUCAUUCGACGAGUAUGAAGAGUCCAAGUUCCUCAGGAAGGCCAAGGAGAACCCCUUCGUCCCUGUGGGCAUGGCGGGGUUCUUCGCCAUCGUGGCGCACAGGCUGUACAAGCUGAGGAGCAGAGGCAGCAUGAAGAUGUCCGUCCACCUCAUCCACAUGAGGGUAGCGGCGCAGGGCUUCGUGGUGGGAGCCAUGACGAUAGGCGUGGUGUACUCCAUGUAUCGGGACUACGUGCUGAAGCCGGCCCAAGCUCAGAGGGCUCUGGAACUGAAGCAGCAGGAAGCGGCGGCGCCGGAGAGGAAGUGAAGCUCCGCCCAGAUCUCCAGAGUUUCAUUCUAUUUUUAUUAGAAUUUAAUUUUUAUUAUUUAUUUCUAUUAUAAGAACUGUGUGAUCUUUUAUAACGUCUGUGCUCAGGUGCCGUGAUUAAAGUGCUCUGUAAGA